AUUUAGUUCACUAAUGGCGUGUCUUCCGGUAACACACGAUAUAACGUCAAAAUGGCAAAGAAAAAAGGCGAUGAGAAAGUGAAUCACACUCCCCAAAGUGAUAACGAGGAGCAGAAUUUUGACGAGGAACCUAAUUUCGAAGACCCGGAAGGAUUUGUGGAUGAUAUUCCCGAUGAGGAACUUUUGGCAGACGUCUUGGAAUCCAAGCCCAAAGAGUCUGAUGGGUAUGAGAAUGUUGUCGUAGUGGACGGAUGCCCGCAGGUCGGGCCGGAGCGUCUGGAAAAGCUCCAGAGCGUCAUAAACAAGAUCUUCAGCAAAUUUGGGAAGAUUGUGAACGAGUUUUAUCCCACAACUGAGAAUGGGCUGACCACUGGCUACAUAUUCUUGGAGUACAAUAAUCCACAAAACGCCGCGGAAGCUGUGGCCGCCACCAAUAAUUGUAAAUUAGAUAAGCAGCAUACGUUUUUAGUGAAUCUUUUUACUGAUUUCAAGAAAUAUUCAGACAUCCCUAAAGAAUGGGAGCCUCCAUCACCCCAACCAUUCAAGGUGCAGUCAGACUUGCAAUGGUACCUGAUGGACCCGGAUGCCUACGACCAGUUCCUUGUUGGUAUUGGGACUGGUGUGGCACUGCAGGUGUGGCAGAACGCCCUCCCUGAACCUAUAGUAUUGCAGGAAAGGCCGAACUGGACUGAAACAUACGCAGUUUGGUCUCCUCUUGGCACAUACUUAGCUACGUUCCACUGGCGGGGAGUAGCUUUAUGGGCCGGACCCAAGUUCAGCCAGUUCCAGAAGUUCUACCACCCAGAGGCCAGGUUCAUAUCAUUCUCACCGUGUGAGAACUACAUUGUGACCUUCUCACCCACUGGUGAUAGAGGGGAUGACAAGAAACUAAUAAUUUGGGAUAUUAGGACAGGUCAAGAGAAGCGCAGUUUCCCACCUCCAGAUGAGUAUGUGACGUGGCCCAUCUUCCGUUGGAGCAAAGACGAUCGAUUCUUUGCAAGACUCGGUCAAGAUGUGCUCUCUGUGUAUGAAACGCCCAGCUUUGGGUUAUUAGAUAAGAAAUCUAUCAAAAUAACUGGUAUAAGAGAUUUCUGCUGGUCUCCAUCCGACAACAUUCUCGCCUACUGGGUAGCUGAAGACAAAGAUGUGCCAGCGAGAGUAACACUGCUCGAAUUGCCCAACCGUACUGAAAUACGUUCUAAAAAUCUCUUCUCCGUAGCAGACUGUAAGAUUCACUGGCAAAAGAGCGGUGACUAUCUCUGUGUCAAAGUAGAUCGUUAUUCCAAAGUGAAAAAGGACAAGAAUGACAUAAAAUACUCCGGAAUGUAUUACAAUUUUGAGAUAUUCCAUAUGAGAGAGAAAGAAAUUCCGGUGGAUUCUGUAGAAAUUAAAGAACCGAUACAGGCGUUCACAUGGGAACCUAUAGGGUCUAAAUUUGCAAUAAUCCAUGGUGAUACAGCGAAUGUGUGUAUAAGUUUCUAUCAAGUGAAUACGGGGCAGGCUCCGACUCUGUUGAAGAAGUUUGAAAGGACUCCGUUCAAUCAUCUGUUCUGGUCACCGAUGGGACAAUUCAUCGUGUUAGCAAAUCUUGGAUUAACCGGUGGUGCUUUGGAAUUCUUGGACACUAAUGACUUCACUAUUAUGAAUGUGUCGGAUCAUUAUCAGAUGUCUGGCAUCGAGUGGGACCCCACAGGUCGCUAUGUGGUGACAGGGGUAUCCUCUCUCAAGUGCAAGAUGGACUGUGGAUACUACCUCUGGUCGUUCCAAGGCAAGAUCUUGCGGAGAGUAAUGAAGGAAGGCUUCGCGCAGUUCCUGUGGCGGCCGCGCCCGCCCACGCUGCUGUCGGAGAAGCAGCAGAAGGAGAUCAAGAAGAACCUCAAGAAGUACUACUCGCAGUUCGAGUCCAAGGACCGCAUGCGCAGCAGCAAAGCUAGCAAGGAGCUAGUGGCGAAGCGCACGGAGCAGAUGAAGAAGUACGUGGAGUAUCGCGAGAUGAAGUCGCAGGAGUGGGCCGAGCAGAAGCCUCGCCGUCUGGAGCUGAGGAAUUAUGUUGAUACCGACGGUAUCGAUACGGAGCCGUCGGGUUCCGUUGAAGAAGUAGUAGAAUUCUUUAUCAAAGAGGAAAAAACUGUCAUCGAGUAGUCGCCAUACUUCGCCCACGUUCAGAGGUCGGACUUCCAACUCCGGCCUCAGCGAUAACCGGUAAAAACCGGUUCGAACCGGUUCACGCCGGUACAAACCGGUUAAAACCGGUCAAAGUCAGUUUUUAAAACACCAACGUAAAGGAUAUCAACUUUUUUAAUAAACGGACAGCAUAUAACAAAUUCUUUUUUGUAUUAAUAAUCCCUCAAUUUAUUAUAAUAGUCACAAAAUAUAUAUAUAAAUAAUAAUAAUUAUUCCGUUAUGUGCAGUGUAAGAUUUCGGUUCAUAAAUUAUACAAUAGUUAGUGUUUAUAGAAAUCAUAUUAAAUUGAUAUGUUUCAAACGGACAAUGGCCUUUUACUACCUGUAAUUAUAUUUUUUAUAUUUUAUUCUACUUUUUAUACAUUAUUAACAUUAUUAUAGAAAUUAAAAUAGUGUUGUGUACGUUAUUUUUAUGUUGCAUACAAAAUAAACUGGACUGGAAGAAA